AUGGCCUCCAUCGCCAAGACCCUCGCCGUCCUCGUCCUCGGGCUUGGCCUCGGCGCCUCCGCGACCGGCUCUCGCGGCGGAAGCCUCGACUUCUUCUCCGACGACAAGUGCCAGGACCUCAUCAAGGCCGAGACGGCGCCCAUCCCCCUCGACGUCUGCAUGGUGGCGUCGCCGCUCGGCCGGCUGACGAGGAGCUUCCGCGUCGACCAGAAGCCGUACUGCCCCGACGGCAGCAGGCCCUCGCUGCUCUUCUACCAGGACUGCGCCUGCACCGACGGCGUCGCCAACUGGAUCCCCAACGCAAACUACGGCGACUACGGCAACGGCUCGUGCCAGGCGGGCUGGGGCGGCGACUUUCUCAUGUUUGUGCUGUCCUGCGGCGAGUUCAAGGAGCCCGUGCGGAGCGUCAUCUCCUUUGCCGCAACGUUUCCGUCGCCGUCUACCUCGACGAAGCCCGUUGGCUGUCCUCCGCUCACCGGCGACGCUUCGGCAACAACUGCUUCCGGCUCUGCUGCUUCUGAUACUGCUGCUUCUGCUACCUUUGGCAGCGCCGAGGCAACCUCCACGACGGACUCCAACUCCGAUUCCAGCUCCUCUUCACGCCAAGACGGUGACGACUCUUCUUCUUCAUCAUAUUCCAUCCCCUCUACGGCGACAGGAACAAGGACAAAAGGUGCCUCGGCAACAGGCACACAUUCUCAAGCGGCUGCAACGACGACGUCGGCCGCGAUUGGGAGAUACCACGAGAUGGGGGCUCUGUACUUUAUGGGCUACGCUGGAAUCUUUGGUCUUGUUUCGUACUUUACACUCUAG